AGAUGGAGAGUGUGGAGAUUCCACUCUUGACAUAUCAAUAGGUUUUUUGGAGAGGGCCAGGGGUAUAAAUAAGGGCUGGCCUUGCUUUCUGAUCAGACUUCAAGAAGGAUUGAAGAGUCUUCCAACACCAGACCAGAGCAGACCAGACCACAGCACGAGACCCAGCAUCCACUUGCAGAGAGGCACCGAAAACCAUCAACACUUCCUCCGAGUACUCUUGUCAUCCGCAGCUGAACCACUGAGCCAGGCUUCUGCUUCUCCUGUCUACUCAAGCUCCAGACACCAGCGCAUCAGACAUCAUGCUGUCCAAAGUCAGGAAGGCCAUCACUCCAUUGUCAGCAGUUCGGGGUCUGCACAAGUCAGCCUUUGAAGUGGUGGAGCGUCCAGCCCCAGAGGAGACGGUGACCAGCAGCUUCGGGCGUUUCAUCCAGGGGGUGAAGCCGCAGCACCUGACCCCCACCGUGCUGCAGCGGAGCAAACGCAUGGUGCUGGACAGCCUGGGCGUGGGCCUCAUUGGCAGCACCACAGAGGUCUUCGAGCUGGCACUACGUCACUGCCAGCACAUGUAUGCGCCAGAUGACAUCAGCUCUGUGUACGGCCGCAAGAACACAAGACUUUCACCCACCCUGGCAGCCUUUGUUAAUGGCGUCGCAUCCCACUCCAUGGACUUCGAUGACACCUGGCACCCGGCCACUCACCCUUCCGGCGCAGUCCUGCCCGCCCUGCUGGCCAUUGGCGACAUGUUGCCUAGCAACAGCAAGCCGAGCGGCAUGGACUUCCUGUUGGCGUUCAAUGUGGGCAUCGAGGUCCAGGGACGCCUCCUGAGGUUCUCCAACGAGGCCGCCAACAUUCCAAAGAGGUUUCACCCGCCGACAGUGGUGGGCACUAUGGGGAGCGCGGCAGCGUGCGCCCGCCUGCUCUCGUUGGAGCGCGCCCAGUGCAGCCACGCCCUGGCCAUCGCCGCCUCGCUGUCGGGCGCUCCCAUGGCCAACGCCGCCACCCAGUCCAAGCCUUUCCACAUCGGCAACGCGGCACGCCUGGGCCUGGAGGCAGCACUGCUGGCCUCUAGAGGCCUGGAGGCCAGUCCCUUGGUGCUGGAUGCCGUGCCCGGGGUCUCUGGCUUCAGCGCCUUCUACGAGGACUACGCCCCGCGUCCCCUGGCCUCGCCCGACGACAAGUACGACCCCCACCGCUUCCUGCUGGAGGAGCAGGACAUGGGCUUCAAGCGCUUCCCGGCCCACCUCGGCAUGCACUGGGUGGCGGACGCCGCCGCCACCGUCCACGAGGCCCUGGUGGGGUUGUCCGGCGGCCGGGUGUCCCCCGGAGGGGUGCGCGAGAUCCUCUUGCGAGUGCCACCGUCCAAGUACAUCAACCGCCCGUUCCCGGACUCGGAGCACCAGGCGCGCCACUCCUUCCAGUUCAACGCCUGCACGGCGCUGCUGGACGGCGAGGUGACCGUGCGCUCGUUCUCCGAGGAGGGCCUGCGGCGGCCCGAACUGCAUUCCCUGCUCGCCAAGGUGCGAGUGGAGCAUCCCCACGACAACCCGGCCAACUUCGACCGCAUGUACGGCGAGGUGGUGGUGACGCUGGACAGCGGCGACGUCCUGAUCGGACGCUGCGACACCUUCUACGGCCACUGGCGCAACCCGCUCAGCGACGAGAGCCUGUGCAAGAAGUUCCGCAGCAAUGCCGGCACCGUGCUGCCCCAGGAGAAGGUCGAGGGGCUAAUCGAGUCCGUAGAGCAGCUGGAUCGCAUGGGCGACUGCCAGACGCUGCUCGACCAGAUCCAGUGAAGGGGGCAGGCAGUCAUGGCCCAAUGGUUAGGGAGGUGGUGCUAAGAUCAGAGAGUUGCAGGUUGCAGGUUCUAGUGUACACCUCCAUCCAUGCUGAAGUGCCCUUGAGCAAAUAACUGUAAGUCACUUUGGAUAAAAACGUCAGCUAAGUGUAAUGUAAUGCAAUGUAAUGUAAGGAUGUCUCAGCUGUCACCGUUCGCACCUCCUUUGCAAAGAGGUUCUGCUGUGCUCCUCUCAUCGUUCAGGACUGGGGUUUUCGAAAGCGUUGUUGCUAGCCAAUUAGAAACUUAGUUUGUUGCCAAUGGUUAAUUGCAUUGCAACUGACAUAGUAGCUAACAUAGUUACAAACCAUGCUUUAGAGAAACACUCUUCAGGACCACAAUCUGCAAAAAUCGAAUUGACCAGUGUGCCAAUGUGUGUUUGCGAGCAGCUGUUUUGGCGUUCCCUGAUCUCGAUACUGUGUAAAUGUUGUAAAUAGGUUCCUGAUUUGUAAGCUUUUCUAUCUAUUUAUGAUAUUUGGGAGAUUAUAUUUUUUCUUUCUUUCUUUCAAUUCUUGAAGCAGACUAUGCAGUGAAUCCUUACUGGUUGUUUUGACGCCAAUAUUAGAGCAAAAUGUAGCAGCAUAUCAUGUAUUGCUGUCAUCUGCUUGAAUUUUGUAAAUGAAUCCUGACACAAAAUGAGGACUUUGAUGGAUGAAGCUUGUGAAAAUGACGAUGUCAGCAAUGACGCUUCCACCUAGUUGAUCAAGUGUUCCUUGUCUUACUUCUAUUUGCUCAUAUAUUGUUUGUUCUUCCGAUUUUGUCAUUAGCUACUUUACUUGUUAGCAGUGUUGUGAAGCCGAUGAAUUGACUGCUGGGGUAGGCAAGCAUUCUGACAGAACAACAUGUUUUCUUUUUUU